AUGAGCGGCCCAGGAGCUGGUUUCGAAUACCCCCCCGAGGAGGUGUCGUGGGUGAAGCGCGACGUCCUCCUGUUCGCCAACACCAUCGGCUGCACCACCGACGAGCUUCACUUCCUCUACGAACUCGACCCCAAAUUCUCCGUCUUCCCGACCUAUCCGGUCAUCCUGCCUUUCAAAAAGACCGAGCAAGACGUUGUCGACUUCUACGCCGCGCAGAAGGCGACUAAGAUUCCCGGGGUCCCUGACUUUGAUUCGCGCCGGGUCGUCGACGGCCAGCGCCUCAUCCAGUUCCUCAAGCCUCUACCCACCACUUCGGCCGGCAAGAAGUUCGAGCUUCGCACCAAGGUCCUCGGCGUCUACGAUAAGGGGAAGCCGGGCAGUGUUGUCGAGAUACAGCAGGACCUGGUCGAGGCUAGCACGGGCGAGGUCUACUCGCGCGCCAUCGGCAGCUCCUUCUACGUCGGCCAGGGCGGCUGGGGCGGCCCCAAGGGCCCGGCGACGGAGAAUGUCCCGCCACCGAAGGACAAGAAGCCCGACGUCGAGUUCGAGGUGCAGUCGAACCCGCAGACGCCGCUGCUGUACCGGCUCAACGGCGACUACAACCCGCUGCACGCCCACCCGGAGCCGGGCAGGAAGAUGGGGUUCGGCGGCGUCAUCAUCCACGGCCUCUUCUCCUUCAACACGACUUGCCACGGCCUGCUGCAGAAGCUCGGCGGCAGCGACCCCGCCAACAUCAAGGAAUUCCAGGCCCGCUUCGCGAGCCCCGUCCGACCGGGGGACAAGCUAGUCACGUCGGUGUGGCGGACCGGCGAGCAGAAGGACGGGUGGGAGGAGGUCAGAUUUGAGGUUAAGAUCGCGGGCGGAAAGGUGUGCUUGAGCAACGGAAGGGCGCUCAUGAAGGUGGUGGGAGAGGCUAAGAGCAAGCUCGGUAUUGUUGCGUGUGUUUCUGGGGCUGCCAUGGCUACGGAUCGCAAAGUCGGCGACCGGCUAUCCUACGAAGGCGCCCUCUGCACCGUCCGAUACAUCGGCCCAGUCAGCGGCACUGCCGGCAGCUGGCUCGGCGUCGAAUGGGACGAUCCGGCGCGAGGGAGACACGACGGCUCUCACAAGGGAGUGCGAUACUUUACCUGCCUGUCCAACGCAUCGACCGCCGCAUCCUUCGUGCGGCCCGCCCGCCCGGCGGAGACGGCGCAGAGCUUCGUGGCGGCGGUGUACGAGAAGUACGCGUCCGAGCCCGCCAAGACGACCAUGAUCAAGUUCUCGAACAAGGUGGCCGAGGAGGUCGGGUUCGAGAAGAUCCACCGCAAGCAGGCCCAGCUCGGCGAGCUCAAGUACGUCAUCGUCGACGGCGCCUGCAUCGUCGAGGCCUACGCCGCCGGCGAGGAGCCCAUCCGCCAGGUGUGCCCCAAGAUCGUCGAACUGGACCUCAGCCGCAACCUGUUCCAGACGGUGGGUGCCGUCGUCGGGAUCUGCUCCGAGCUAGCGGCCCUGCGGAGCUUACGCUUGAACGGCAAUCGGUUCCAGGACGUUACCAAUGACGGGGGGCUUGAGGGCGCCGAGAGCGCCUUGGGCGGCGUUAAGGAUUUGGCGCUCGAGGAGACGCUACUGAGCUGGCCGGAGAUAUGCCACGUCGCAGCCAAGUUCACGUCGCUCUCGGCGCUCUCGGCGAGCGCGAACCAGCUGACCGCUCUGCCGGCAGCCCCGUUGGCGGGGCUGGCCUCGACGCUGGUAUCCCUGAGCCUCGAGUUCAACAACUUCACCGCGCUCGCCGACGUCGCCAGCCUCGCCGGGCUGACAUCUCUGCGCAACCUGCACCUCAAGGGCAACCGCAUCGCGGCCGUCACGCGGGACGCGUCCGACGCGGCGCCCGUGCUCUCGGAGAGCCUGCGGUACCUCGACCUGUCGUACAACGCGGUGGCGUCGUGGGCGUUCGUCGACGCGCUGCCGGCGUGCUUCCCGGGGCUGGCGUCGCUGCGCUUCUCGCACAACCCGGUGUACGACGACCCGGACCCGGGGUUCUCGGCGCGCGCGCAGGCGGCGACGGAGGAGGCGUACAUGUUCACGGUGGGGCGGCUGGCGGGGCUGCGCGCGCUCAACUUCGGCACCGUCUCGGCCGCCGACCGCCAGGACGCCGAGAUGUUCUACCUCGGCCGCAUCGCCAAGCACCUCGCGGCGGUGCCGGCCGGCCGCGAGGCCGAGGUGCUCGCGCAGCACCGCCGCUACGCCGAGCUGUGCGCGCUCUACGGCGCGCCGGCCGUCAACCGCCGCGCCGAGCUCAACCCGGCCUUCCUCGAGGCGCGGCUCGUCACGGUGCGCUUCGCGCUCCGCUCGGCCGACGGCGGCGCCGAGCGCACCGCCCGCAUCCCCAAGAGCUUCGACAUCUACGCCGUCAAAGGCAUCGCCGGCAAGCUGUUCGGGGCGCGGCCGCUGGGCCUGCGCCUGGUCUGGGAGACGGGCGAGUGGGACCCGGUCGCGGGCUUCGACGACGAGGUCGAAGACAGCAGCGACGAGGAGCAGGAGGAUAGGGAGCGAGAGCAGCACGAAGAAGAGGCGGAGGCCGCCGCCGCCGCGCAGGCGAAGGCGAAAGCGGCGGACCUGGGCGAGGGCUCCCCGCAGGACAGCGGCAGCAGGACGGGCAAAUGGGUGAAGCGGGAAGUAGAGCUGCACGACGGGCCCCGGCAGCUGGGGUUCUGCGUCGACGGCCUGGAGGCCAAUAUUCGGGUUGAGUUCCGGUGA